GUAGGCGCCGCUCUACAUCGAUUCCUCGUCACAGACGCAAGCGCGGGGCAUUUUGCGGCGUCUGUUCGUUCUGCAGCCUGUCCGGGAUCGCACGUACGUUACUGUACUGAGGUAAUUUAGUCGGGAUACAAUGGCGGAUAACGAUGAUCUUUUGGAUUAUGAAGACGAAGAGCAGACUGAGCAGGUGGUCGACGGAAGCGGAGACAUCCCCGCUAAGAAGGAGGUGAAGGGCACGUAUGUCUCUAUCCACAGCAGUGGGUUUAGAGACUUUCUUCUCAAACCUGAGAUCCUUCGUGCUAUCGUCGACUGUGGCUUUGAACAUCCAUCUGAAGUUCAACAUGAAUGUAUUCCUCAAGCGGUUCUUGGCAUGGAUAUAUUGUGCCAAGCAAAAUCGGGUAUGGGAAAAACAGCGGUGUUUGUAUUAGCUACCCUUCAACAGCUGGAAUUAACGGAGAAUCAAGUGUACGUCUUGGUAAUGUGCCAUACUCGAGAGCUGGCUUUUCAAAUCAGUAAGGAAUAUGAGAGGUUUAGCAAGUACAUGCCACAUGUAAAGGUUGGCGUGUUUUUCGGUGGCUUACCUAUCCAGAAAGAUGAGGAGGUUUUGAAAACUGUAUGUCCUCACAUCGUCGUCGGCACUCCGGGUCGUAUUCUUGCUCUUGUACGGAACAAAAAACUGAAUUUAAAACACCUGAAACACUUUAUACUGGACGAAUGCGACAAGAUGCUUGAGUUGCUAGAUAUGCGUCGGGACGUACAGGAAAUAUUCAGAAGCACACCGCACAGCAAACAAGUGAUGAUGUUUAGCGCCACGCUGUCCAAGGAGAUACGUCCUGUCUGCAAAAAGUUCAUGCAAGAUCCAAUGGAGGUCUAUGUCGACGACGAGGCGAAGCUCACUUUGAACGGUCUCCAGCAACAUUACGUUAAAUUGAAGGAGAACGAGAAGAACAAGAAGUUAUUUGAACUACUUGAUGUUCUUGAGUUCAAUCAGGUCGUCAUAUUUGUGAAGUCUGUACAAAGAUGUAUGGCUUUAGCGCAACUUUUGACGGAACAGAAUUUCCCUGCGAUCGGGAUUCACCGGGGCAUGACGCAGGAGGAGCGUCUGUCCAGAUAUCAACAGUUCAAAGAUUUCCAGAAACGUAUUUUGGUGGCGACAAAUCUGUUCGGAAGAGGGAUGGAUAUAGAACGUGUGAACAUUGUAUUCAACUACGAUAUGCCAGAAGAUUCCGACACAUACCUGCAUAGAGUGGCGCGCGCUGGUCGUUUUGGUACUAAGGGCCUUGCCAUUACAUUAGUAAGCGACGAAAGUGACGCCAAGAUACUGAAUGAUGUUCAAGAGAGGUUUGACGUAAAUAUUACAGAAUUACCAGACGAAAUCGAUCUCGCUUCAUACAUUGAGGGACGAUAAAUUUAAAUGCACCAAGUCACAAUGUGGUAUCUUUUAAGGCACAUAAUUUAAUAUUCUUAUUCCACCUAUUCUUAAUGUAAAGAUGGGCACCAAAUAAUAAUUGAUAUGGAAAUUGAUAUGGAAAUAUUGAUAUAGAAAAAAUGUAAUUGCAUUAUAAAGUGUUUUGUAUAAGUUUACCUGCUCUUUUCACUAAUAUCGAACAACGGAUAUGAUCGGUUGACGUAAUCGUGUCAUAAUCUAAUCAUAGCUACUUUGACAACUAAUAAAUUGCUAUUAAUGAAGAUGUACAUGUCUUGUUCAAUUUCUUAGAAACUAAGUGUUGUAUGUAAUAGAUACAUUUUGAAAGAGAAAGGAGUCGUUGCAUCCCGUACGAAAUGUGAACGACUGAAAUAAAAACUUCCUUUUAUAAA